CCCAAAGCCACGCCCCCCCCCGUUAGGCCACGCCCCCUCCAGGCCACGCCCCCUCCGGGCUUAGCCGCCGGCUUCCGCUUCCGCUCCGGGCAGUGGCGGUGGCGGCGGGGGCAGGAGGAAUCCCGUGGAAUUCAGGCCCUGCUGGCGUCUGCCUGCCACAGUCCUGCGUGGGGCGAGGCGCCACUGCCAUGCAGGGGCCCCCCCGGGCGGGAGCAGCAUGCCUUUCCUGCACGGCUUCCGCAGGAUCAUCUUCGAGUACCAGCCCCUGGUGGAUGAGAUCCUGGGGCUGCUGGCGCUGCAGGACGCGGCGAGGCGGAGCGAGCUGGAGAGCCCUGCCUGCCUGGGCAGCGACAGGAGCCAGCUCUCGGCUGUGAGGCGAGUUUUGGAGAGGGAGACCCACUCCCCCUUCUACCAGGAAGGCGUGAGCUAUGCCCUGCUGAAAGUCACCGAGCUGGGGCUCGUCACCGCCGCGGAAAUCCUCCUGGAGUUCGGCGCCGACCUCAGCUUCGAAGACCCCGUCACCUACUACACCCCGCUGCACAUCGCGGUGCUCCGCAACCAGCCCGACGUGGUGGAGCUGCUGGUGCGCCACGGGGCGGACAUCAACCGCAGAGACCGGGUACGGACCUGGCUGCCCGGGCAUGGCUCACCCUUGAUCCAUGAGAGCAGUCCCCUUGAUCUGGCCAGCGAGGAGCCCGAGCGGCUGUCGUGCCUCCAGAGGCUGCUUCAGCUGGGGGCUGACGUCAACGCAGCCGACAAAAACGGAAAGACAGCCUUGCUGCAUGCCCUGGCCAGCAGCGACGGCGUCCAGAUCCACAACACCGAGAGCAUCCGCCUGCUGCUGGAAGGAGGUGCAGACGUCAGGGCCACCACCAAGGACGGCGACACCGUCUUCACCUCCCUCAUCUUCCUGCUGGGCGAGGGGGUGUGCAGCAGCACGGAGGAGGCGCGGGUGACAAAUGGCUUCUGCUUCCGCGUCGCCCAGCUGCUGCUGGCCCACGGGGCCAACCCCAGCGAGUGCCCGGCCCCCGAAUCCCUCACCCAUCUCUGCCUCAGCAACUUCAAGCACCACUUUGCUCUCCUGCGCUUCCUCCUCGAGUCGGGCGCUGCCUACAACUGCUGCCUCCACGGCCCUGCCUGCUGGUCGGGCUUCCAGCUCGUCUUCGAGUGCCUCUGCUCUCACCUCAGUGUCUCCGAAGAUGCCAGCUUCUACGCAGACCUCCUGCAGAAGGGUCAGACUCUGCUGGAGCUCAUGAUGGCCAGCUCGCAAGCCAUCCGGCUGCCCAGCAACUUUGAGGUCAACACCAGCAGCUGUAGGUACCACGGGGACAAGGUCAAGACUCUCUUCUGCUCCCUGAAGCAGCUGGAGCACACCCCCCAGGCACUGAAACAUCUCUGCAGGGUUUUUAUCCGGCAGCGCCUUAAACCUUGGCCUGUAGAUGUUAAAAUCAAAGCUCUACCUCUUCCGGACAGGCUGAAGUGGUACCUGCUCAUCGACCACACUGCUGUGGGGCACGAGGACCUCUGAGCCUGGCUGGUGCCUCUCCACCUCCCCUCUCCACGCUCGUGGUGCCCGUGGCCAGCCAGCAGCUCGCUGCUCUGCACCGGGUCUCCCUGCAGCGAGGGGUGCUGCCCUCCCCGUGCCCACGGGGCCUCUCCGCUGUGUUUCAGGGCCGUGCUUCUCCGUGCACGGUGCUGCACGCGCGUCCGUGGAGGCUCUGAGAUGAACACCUGCUUAUUUUGAUUUAAUUUUACACCAGAAGGAGCCCAGGGGGGUACUCUUGGGGCACCUUGUUGGGGAGGUUGGCCCUCUGCGGGUGAAGAGGGCAGCUGGAAAUCAGGGAGACACUGGGGAGAAAAGUUUGUGUGGGUGUUUGGUGAAGGGGCAGCGGGGCAGUGUGGCUGCACAGCUCCCCUCCUUCCAGCCCUGCUGGCUCUGCAGUGGGCGAAGCAGUGCCUUGGACGAGGAGCAGAGCUGUGAGACACCUCGGGGUGCCAAAGGAAGAGGUGUUGCCUGUCCCGGGGGCUGAGCAGCAGCACGGAGAGGUGCCAAGUGCAGCCAGACCCUCCAGGGGAGCACUGGCAUCCAGUUCUGUGCCUCCUGCUCUGCUGUGAUGGGGGCAGGCCCUGCCUCUGCGCCCCGACGUGGUGCUUUCAGCAGCCCGGCUGCUGAGCGCCCUCAGAGCUUUAGCCAAGAGCACUCGAUCCUCUCGGCACAGGGGAUGCGUCUUGGAGGCGCUGGGCUCUGAGACAAGUGGCUGGUUUUUGGUGUUGUGUGUGCAGGGAGGAUUGGGCAGCAAACUGCUCCGUGCCUUGCUCCUUCCUGUCCCUUUUACACGCUCCUCUUUCACGAGCUCCAGCGCCUCCUGCCCAGGAAGAAAAAAUUGCAGCAGAGCUCGGGGUUUUCUUGCCAAGCUGCUACAAAAAGCUCCGACCUUAGGAACUGGGCAGGAAGGUCUCGCGUCCCAGCCUGCCGCAGCCGUCUGGCAGCUCCUGGGCAUCCCUGUGAAGUCCAAAAGAUGCCGUGGAGCUGAGCCUUGCCCUCAGAACAGAUGCAGAAGGGGAAGGAAAUCCUCUCCUGUGGGCAGGUAUUCACAGCAAGCAGAGCUGGGAUCUGCAGGGGCGUCUCCCCACGCUGCCCUCCUGGCAGCUCCUGUGCUUCACCUUCUCCCACCCUGUGGAAUCCGGGCUGUGCGUCCUGAGGAACUGAUGUCCAAAAACAAAAAAAUGUGAAAUCCCUUGGAAAAGAGCGAUUAAACAAGGCCUUUUUGUAACAGCA